UGCACAGCAGGAAGGACUCCUUUGGAGCCCACAGCAGCUACUGUUCCCAGUGCCACUCUCAGCCAGCACCAACCACAGCUCAAGAGAGCUGCAGAAAGACAACUGUGUCCAAAGUCAGCAAAUGCCCAACAGCACCUCUGUGAGCGAGUUCCUCCUGCUGGCAUUCGCAGACACACGUGAGCUGCAGCUCCUGCACUUCACGAUCUUCCUUGGCAUCUACCUGGCUGCCCUCCUGGGCAACGGCCUCAUCAUCACAGCCGUAGCCUGCGACCACCGCCUCCACACCCCCAUGUACUUCUUCCUCCUCAACCUCGCCCUCCUUGACCUGGGCUGCAUCUCCACCACUGUCCCCAAAGCCAUGGCCAAUUCCCUCUGGGACACCAGGGCCAUCUCCUAUGAAGGAUGUGCUGCACAGGUCUUUUUCUUUCUCUUCUUCAUAUCUGCAGAGUAUUUUCUUCUCACCAUCAUGGCCUAUGACCGCUAUGUUGCCAUCUGCAAGCCCCUGCACUACAGGAGCCUCCUGGGCAGCAGAGCUUGUGCCCAGAUGGCAGCAGCUGCCUGGGGCAGUGGCUUACUGUAUACUGUUCUGCACACUGCCAAUACAUUUUCCCUGCCCCUCUGCCAAGGCAAUGCUGUGGACCAGUUCUUCUGUGAAAUCCCCCAGAUCCUGAAGCUCUCCUGCUCAAAGUCAUUCCUCAGGGAGGUUGGGCUUAUUGUAGUUAGUGUUUCAUUAGUAUUUCUUUGUUUUGUUUUCAUUGUUUUCUCUUAUGUGCAGAUCCUCAGGGCAGUGCUGAGGAUUCCCUCUGAGCAGGGCCAGCACAAAGCCUUUUCCACGUGUCUCCCUCACCUGGCCGUGGUCUCCCUGUUUCUCAGUACUGGCAUGUUUGCCUAUCUGAAGCGCCCCUCCACCUCCUCCCCAUCCCUGGAUCUGGUGGUUGCUGUUGUGUACUCAGUCUUUCCUGCAGCUCUGAACCCCCUCAUCUACAGCAUGAGGAACCAGGAGCUCAAGGACCCAGUGAGGAUACUCUUUGGAUACAUGCUUCUUCAUCAGUAA